AUGGAGGCGGAUAGGAGGCAGGGUCAGGGUCAGGAUCAGGAGGAGGAGGAGGAAGAAGCAGAAGAAGAAGAAGGAGGAGGAGGCCUGAGCGGGCUGGGCGCGGAUCCGGAGCGGGCCUUGGCCAAGAGCGCCUUCCAGCUGACGGCCGAGGAUGUCUACGACCUGGCCUAUGUCUUGGGGCGGGAGCUGCACCAGCUGAGCACCGAGCCCCGCGCCCAAGUGCCCGCCCGGGUGGCCCAGCUCCAGUUCAAGGUGGUCGGCGUGCUGGAGAUGCUGGAGUCGCUGGUGGAGGAGAACAACCUGGCCCUGGAGGCCCUCCGCCUCGAGAGGGACAGCCUCCGAAGGGAGCUGGAGGAGAGCCGCGCCCACCAGCAGGCCCAGGACCCCAGCCAGGUGAACCUUGGGCCUGACAAGAUGGUCAUCGACCUCACAGACGCCAAUCGGCCCCGCUUCACCCUUCAGGAGCUGCGGGAGGUGCUCCAGGAGCGCAACCAGCUGAAGGCCCAGCUGCUGGUGGCUCAGGAAGAGCUCCAGUGCUACAAGAGUGGCUUCAUCUCACAGAAGCAGGACUGGGUUGAGCCAACACAGAAAGGCCUGGCGGUCGGCACAGCUUCUGGGCCCAGCAAAGGAAGGGAAGAGAAAGCCACCAUCAGGCGCCUGUUCAAUUUUAAAAGGCCGUGAGGAGGUUUCUCCCAUUUGCUCUUCAGAGACUCAGGCUGCAGAGGAGACCAAGCAGCAAUACCUGGAUGCCGAGAACUGCAAUUUUCAGACGUUUGUCUGGCUUGUCGUCUGCAGCCCCUGGAAGCGCCAGGAUCUCUUGUUUAAGUUAUAUGUCAAGUUAGCAGCUUUUCUACUUUUGAUCUUCUUAUUGGCAUAAACCAGCGCUGGGGAAUUAGUAGCCUUACACACCGGUUGGACUACAAGCCCCAUCAUCCCUCACUCUUGCCUUAAGGGGGCUGGGAAUGCCGUAGAGUCUUGUUUUGAGGAACUAAAGAGGAAAAUAGUGCUAUUUGUGGAUAGUGCAAAGUGAUGGUGCUUGUGGGUUUUGGGCGGGGGGGAUUGAACAAGCAUAUACUCACUUGGGGACCAAUAUUGAAUAAUUUUGUCAUUUUUUAAUGGAAGGGGUUGGGGAGCUUUUGAAACCCCAAAAGUGAGGUUUGGAGAGCUACACCGCUGCUGAAAUUGAGCUCGGUAGCUUCCCAGUGUAAAGAACAGCACUACCUCUCUCUCAUCUCUGUUAUGUUACAAACAUCCUACUGGAAAUGCUUCUGUGUUUAUUAAGAGGCAAAAUAAAUUUCUUACACUUUGUUCUUAGAA